UAAAGGAGUCACUAGGAUCUGUAAAGAGUAGAAUAUUUAAAUAAUAUUCGGAAGUUAAGAGUCUAAGACACACAGAAAGUGACAUACAGCAUUUCUUGUUGAACAGCAGUUAACAUAAAGAAAGGUUGGUUUGCAGGAGGUUUGGGGAUUAAAGCAUUUUUUUAUUGGAACAGACUUAUGCAACCUGUUUAAUUCUGAUGGAAAGGAUGGGCUUGCGGUGACACCAGAGGACACCUGGUUCUCACGGGCCAUCCACUGUGUAUUUGCGUACGACCAGCAGGUGCGACGCUGAUGCCGCUGUGGUCAGUCUUGGCCAUCUGCAAGUCACACGCCACGGCGCAACUCAAUAACUGCAGUUUAUCUUUGUUUUGUAUGAAACCACUUGCAGGGAAAGUAGCUGCCUUGCAGAGUUUUACAUUUCCCACAUCAUUUGGCAGGGGUUUGCCCACAGCACGCUCGGUUUACAGUGGCACUAUGUAUAUCUUGGCCACUAAAGCUGAAUUUGUCUUGCAAGAGUUAGACUGCCAGGUAAGUGGAGGUAUGCCUCUCCUGUGUGGCAGCGGUUAUUUAUGGAUAAGCUCAGCAGUCUAUUUAGAAGUCUCUGCUUUUCAUUCAACUGACAACUAAAACAAAUGUUUCCAUAAAGCAGCGUGACGAUUAUUCUGUGUGCUCUGCAGGUAUGUGAUACUGGAGAAACUGCUUUCGACAGAUAACUAGAGGAAGAUAUUCACUUCUUGACAUCAUGACAUCCGAGGAUACUUUGCUGAAGUGUCUCCCUCCAUCAGCCCAGCACAGUCUGGUCAUUUUUGUCAUUCUUGUACCAGCAGCUCUCUGCAGUGCCGUUGAGGUGAACUGCUCUGAGCCGGACCAGCCCUCCUUGCUCAAGGCUCUGACUCCAGUCUUCAACCUGAGCGCCAUACGACCCGUCAUGAACAUGUCAACCCGCACCAACGUCAGCACCUACUUCAUCUUGUAUGGGAUCCUUGGAGUGGAUGAAAAGUCUCAACUCUUGAUCACUUACAUUUGGCUAGAUUAUUGGUGGAUGAACGAGUUUCUCAUCUGGGAUCCAGUCCAGUGUGGGACCGACAGGAUUUCUCUUCCCAGAGACAAAUUCUGGGUGCCAGAUAUUGUAAUCAAUGAAUUCAUGGAUGAAAACACAGCGCCCUCCGUCCCGUAUGUGUAUGUGUUCAGCAAUGGGAUGGUGCACGACGCUCAACCGGUCAAAGUUGUCAGCUCCUGUAACCUCGACAUCUACACCUUCCCCUUCGACAUACAGAACUGCACUUUAUCUUUCAGCUCUUACAUCCACUUGGUGGUGGACAUAAAGAUUUUGCUGGGGAAGUCUGCAGAAAACAUCACAAACUUCUCAAAGAGGGUGAUGACCACCAUGGGGGAGUGGGAGCUGCUGGAUAUCAGCGCCCACACAUUCAGCCAGGGAUUUGUUGAUGGUCAACAGGUCGAUCAGCUUGCAUUUCAUAUCAGAGUGAGGCGCCGGGCCACCCUGUAUGUGGUGAACCUGCUGAUCCCCAGCUGCUUCCUCAUCACAGUGGACCUCUUCAGCUUCCUGCUGCCUCCCCAGACUGUGGACCGAUCCUCCUUUAAGAUGACUCUCAUCCUGGGCUACACGGUCUUCCUGCUCAUCAUGAACGACCUGCUCCCCAUCACUGGAAACUCUAUACCUCUCAUAAAUGUGUUCUUCUCUCUGUGUCUGGCUCUGAUGGUUGCCAGUCUUCUGGAAACUAUCCUCAUCACCAAUCUGCUGAGCGGCUCCACUAACUUCUCUCCCAUCCCUCGCUGGAUCCAGGUGUUCGUUCUGCAAAUUCUGGGCUACCUUGUUUGCCUGCCAAUGAAGACUCAAGAAUCUUCAGGUAUAGGCUCAGCGGACAUGAAACGCAGUGAUGCGGUGGCACAGACAAAAGCUGAUGAGGAGCCUCCAGAGAUGGGGACGGCGGCAGAGAGCAAGGCCCUUCGGGAGCUGAGGAGCCUGGGCAGGGACCUCCGGGCCAUCCGCCUCCGGGUGGAGCAGCAGCUGGGUGUGAGCAAGAGCACGGAGGAGUGGAUCCAGUGCCGCCUGCCGAAAGUCAAGCCUUCUAAGGUUCUAUUCAUCUUCAUCUCUGUGCUCAUGUGUGCUCCGUGCAGCGGCAUCAUGCUGAACUGCUCUAAACCUGACACACCCUCCCUGCUGGAGGCUCUCAGACCGGUCUUCAAUCUGAGCGCCAUCCGGCCUGUCACGAACAUGUCAACCCCCACCACCGUCGACAUUGAAUUCAUCCUGUUUGGCAUUUUGGGAGUGGAUGAAAAGGCCCAAGUCCUGACGACGUUUAUCAAGCAAUCUUUGAAAUGGAGAAAUGAGUUUGUCGAGUGGGACCCAGAACAGUGUGGUUCUUCAUGGAUCACAAUUCCAAGGAAACUGCUCUGGAUACCGGAUGUGGUCAUCAAUGAAUUUAUGGGCAAGAACUCAGCUCCGUUCGUCCCUUACAGUUAUCUCUUUUCUGAUGGCUCCGUGAUUGAUAAACAGCCUGUCAGGCUGGUCAGCUCCUGCAGCCUCAACAUCUACAACUUUCCAUUUGACAUCCAGAACUGCACUUUAAGCUUCAACUCCUACUUACACCGUGUGCGUGCUGUGCAGAUUGACCAGGCAUUAUCUUCAGAGGAAAUAUUUAGAUACUCGAAAAAAGCGAUGAAAACUAUGGGUGAGUGGGAACUGGUUGGACUCACAGCGGAGAAAAAAGAACUGCCAGCUGGAGAUGGAGAACCUUACCAAGAGAUUCGCUUCUUUGUCUCAGUGAGGCGUAGGGCCACCCUGUACGUGGUGAACCUGCUGAUCCCCAGCUGCUUCCUCAUCACAGUGGACCUCUUCAGCUUCCUGCUGCCCCCUAAGAGCGUCAACCGGUCCUUGUUCAAGAUGACCCUCAUCCUGGGCUACACGGUCUUCCUGCUCCUCAUGAACGACCUGCUGCCUGUCUCUGGAAACACCAUACCUCUCAUGAAUGUGUUCUUGUCUCUGUGCCUGGCUAUGAUGAUGGCUAGUCUGGUGGAGACAAUCCUCAUCACCAACCUGCUGUGUGGCUCCGCUCACUACUCUCCAGUCCCUCGCUGGGUCCGAGUGCUUGUUCUCCACGUCCUGGGCCGCCUGGUGUGGCUCCCACCGAAGCCCAGACAUCCAGAGGACACAGUCAUCCGAAAUCCUGCUGCACACGAAAUGAAAGUCUCCUCUCUGGCGGCCGAGGACAGCGAUGGUCCAGAACAGAAGGGACCGCUGGACAAUGCCAAGGCCCUGCAGGAGCUGAGGAGCCUGGGGAAGGACGUCCAGGCGCUCCAGCUUGAGGUGGAACGGCAGCUGGAUGGAAGCCAGGGCUCAGAGGAGUGGAUCCAGGUGGGUUUCAUCAUAGACCGCCUGCUGUUCGGCCUCUACAUCCUCUUCGUAUCAGUCAGCUUCAUUACCAUCGCCUUAAUCUGGAUUAACUCGUACAACACAUCCUGA